AUGCUCCGACAUAUCGCAACUCCUGCAAUACGCGCACCAUACCGAACGAAUGGCCGGAUCCAGCUCUUAGCAAAAAUUGCUGAGAAGAAGAAUCAAGCAUUGAAAGCGGCUAUUGGGAAACUGGCCCAGAUUCGCUACGAGCAACCGGCGAAGGACUUACAAAUCGAAGCGGUUUAUCACUUGGCAAAUGGAUCAAACACUUUUGUACUCGCUGGGACCGGGUUUGGGAAAUCGCAAAUACCUGAGAUCUACCAUAUGCUGCACCCAAAACCAAGCAACGCGGUGAUAGUGGUUCUGAACCCACUUGACGCAUUGGGUGAUAACCAGGUCCUGGAGAAGAUUUCGGCAGGGUUCACGGCAAUCAACCUGACUAAAUUGACAUUUAAUGAAGAAGAAGCAAACAAGAUUGUUAACGGUGCUUACAAUUUUGUCUACUUGAGCCCAGAGAUUUUCUUAAACAGUGCGCUCUGGGAUCAGGUGUAUUUCUGCGCAAAUUUUCAGGACCGGCUUGCGUUGGUUGUAGUGGAUGAGGCACAUAUCAUCUACCAAUGGGGGCUUGUCGAAUCUGGCAGUGGAAAGCACAAACGGAAUCUACUUGGUCGUUUGGAGGACCUCGGGAUCUUUCGCCCUUCGUAUGGCAAACUCGGCGGUCGUCUGCUCACACGAAAUAAGAAGCCAAUUCUGUUGAUGUCAGCAACCUGUCGGCCAACUGCGGUCGAUGCGAUCAAGAUAAGCCUUAAGUUGGAAGAUCACAAUCUGAAAGUCGUCAGCAGUGAACUCACUCGCCCAGAGAUCAGGAUUAUACGAUUGCCUAUAUUGACAUCGAUCACAUCAUGUGCUGACUUGUUGGAUAUAUUUGCGCCUAAGGCUGAGACUCCAGAUUCCUGUGUUGUUCCAACGUUAAUCUACAGUGGCACACGGAAUCGGACUAAACACGUGAUGAAAGCUUUGGAUCUUGCUCGAGGUACGCCAGGGAAUUCAUCACGUCCUAAUUCGUCGUUCGUUCGGAGGUUCCACUCGUGUACCGGGGAGAAGGACAAGCUGAAAUUGGUGGAAGACUUUGCUUCCAAGAAGUUACCGGUGAUUUCAUGUACAAUGGCACUGGGAAUGGGCCAGAACUGGUCCCGAGUGAGGUGCGUGAUCCAGAUGGGUCGAUCGGAUCCCUCAGCGAUUUGCCAAAUGAUCGGGCGUGCCGGUCGGGAUGGGCGACCGGGUCUGGCGAUUGUCUAUGUUGAACCUAAGCGGACCGGGGGAAAGAACAGUGUGGAUGAUUUUGCAGGGUGCGACCGGCAGAACGACGAGGACCGCAUGGAUGCCUUGGCGAUCACACCAGUCUGCCUGCGAAUUGCGUUUGCAAUUGAUAACGCUGUUGGCUACAUACCACUAUCAGUAAACGACCCAGCUUAUAUCCGCGAAAAGGCACGCGAGGUGCAAUGUGGAUUUCAAACUUGCUUAUGUUCCAAUUGCAAGCCCGAUAUGGCUCAAGGUCUGAUGAAUAACAUUAAGAAGUUACGAGAAGACAACAUAGAUGAAAUGAUUAAACAAGAGUGGCCCCCUCAGGCCGAAACUACAAUAUCAGUGAAUAAGAGGAAACGUGGGGGAGCUGUUCCGGGGUCCGGACUCAAGUUGAUCAAAUUGAGCAAGCCGAUGCAAUCGAUCCUGUCCAACCAACUGACCGAGUGCUUUGGGAAAAUUUAUGAUAUGAGGUACCCCUGUGGGUCCUUGUUCACUGCAGCCGACCUCUUUGGAAGUCCCGAGGUGGAAUUGAUCAUAAAGAAGUUUGGGAAAUUUGAGGGGAUUCGCGGGCUCCGGAAGGUGAUUGGAGGUGAAAUGAUUGUGGGGCAGACGGAGGCCCUUCACAAAGUAAUCCGGGAUUUCAUUGCGGGACCACUGGCCAAGGAACAAGCAGAUCGGGUGCUGCAAUCAAAGCAGAACAAGCAAGACAAGAAGAGGAUUCGCGAUGAGGAACGAUCACGACGGCUGGCUAUUGAGAAUGAGGUGGCCCGACUGGCCAAGGAGGCGAGAGAUGAAGAAAAGCGGCUUGAAAGGGAAAGAAACGAGGCGCACAGGUUAUUGGAUGUUGCAAAGAAGGAGGAGGAGCGGGCCCAUUUGGCCAUUUUGAUCCGACUGGCUGGGGAGGAAGCCGAGAGGCGAGGUGUAGAGAGCAAUCAUUGGGGCCGCUAG